AUGGCGGCCGAUCGCGCUCGCGUGCGCGAGCCUGUGGCUGCUCACCCACCUGCACCUCGUCAGACUGCCACCGCCGGCGGCAGUAGCAGUGGCGGCGGCGGCGGCGGCGCAACGCUGAACUACACGGACGCGCUGGUGAAGUCGAUCCUCUUCUUCGACGCGCAGCGGUCGGGUCGCAUCAGCGGAGCCGGCGCGCGCAUGCCCACGAGCGUCGCAUGGCGCAACAACUCGGGCCUCGGCGACGGCGCGGCGCAGAUGGUGGAUCUGGAGGGUGGGUACUACGAGGGCGGCAGCAACGUCAAGUACGGGCUGCCCGCCGCCUUCGCCACCACCUUGCUCGCCUGGAGCCUCAUCGACUUCCGCCGCCACCUCGAGGCGGCCGGCGGAGCCGCGCAGCUGACGGCGGCGCGCAACGCGCUGCGGUGGUCGACGGACUACCUGGUGAAGGCGCACACGGGGAUGAACGAGCUGUGGGCGCAGGUGGGCGACCCGGUGGCGGAGAGCGCGUGCUGGCAGCGGCCGGAGGACAUGAGCACGGCGCGCACGGCGUACCGCGUCAACGCCUCGCACCCAGGAUCAGACCUCGCCGCGGAAACCGCCGCCGCCCUCGCUGCGGCGUCGCUGGCGCUGAGGCCCGUGGACGGCAGCUACGCCAGCACGCUGCUGGGCCACGCGGAACAGGUCACGCACCGCUGCUGCUGCCGCUCUGCACCGUGUCGCGUCGCAUCACAUCGCCACAAUCCACCGUUAACCCCGCCAUCUCUUCAUGCUCGCUCUCUCUUCCUAAACGCGCCUUCUCUCAUUUCCCUUCCCUCCACCUCCCCCCCCCUUGCGCAGCUGUUCGUGUUCGCGGACACGUACCGCGGCAGCUACAGCGACGCGGUGCCGCAGGCGAGGCGCUUCUCCACGAGCGGCGAGGGCAGCAGCUACCAGGACGAGCUGGCGUGGGCGGCGGUGUGGCUGCACCGCGCCACGGGGUACGCCGUGUACGUCGACUACCUCGUCGCCAACGACGCGUGGAUACGCGGCUCGGAGCAGCUGCAGCUGGAGAUGAGCUGGCAGCACAAGCUGCCCGGCGUGCAAGUGCUCAUCGCGCAGAUGAUGCUGCAAGGCGUGCCCGCGGCGCUCUCGACCAGCGUGGCGGCCAUGGCGGUGCUGGAGGGGUACCGCGGCAUGGCGGACCUCUUCGUGUGCGCGCACAUGCCCGCCAACCCCCUGCGCGCCGUCUACACCACGCCUGGCGGGCUGCUGCACGUGCGUGCCAGCAACGCGCAGCUCGCGCUCGGCGCUGCGUUCCUGCUGGCGCUGCACUCGGACUCGCUCGCGGGCAGCGCGCAGGUCGUGCAGUGCGAGGGAGUCACGUUCGCGCCGCCCGCCAUCCUGGCCUUCGCCCAGUCGCAGGUGACGCUCGCUCCGCGCCCUGCAGUGUCUCCCACGCUGAUCGCCCCAUGCACCUGUCAAGUUGUGCCAUUCGCACCACCUUCCGCUCUAACUGUGUCCAAUUUCAACUUGCUGUUGGUUAAGCAUGGUUGGGCCCUCCCUCAUCACCUUCCCCCACUCACUCCUUCACGGCUGCCAGUGCAUGCGCAAAUGGUUGAGCGCGCCUCUCUGCAUGUGUGUGCGUCCACUGCCCGCAGGUGGACUACCUGCUGGGGAGCAACCCCCUGGGCCUCUCCUUCAUGGUGGGCUUCGGCUCCUCCUUCCCCCUGCGCGUGCACCACCGCGCCGCGUCCAUCGUGUGAGGGCGGCGUGGCGGACUGGCUCAACCGCGACGCCGCCAACCCCAACGUGCUCGUGGGCGCCAUCGUGGGCGGGCCCGAUGCCGGUCAGUGCAGGCUGUUUCACAGAGCCACCUGCCUGUUGUUAUGUGCUUGCACCCUCGCACUACUUGCCACCUCUGCUCUCACCCCUGCCCUCUGUGUGCCCUCUGUGUGCCCUCUGUGUGCCCUCUGUGUGCCCUCUGUGUGCCCUCUGUGUGCCCUCUGUGUGCCCUCUGUGUGCCCUCUGUGUGCCCUCUGUGUGCCCUCUGUGUGCCCUCUGUGUGCCCUCUGUCUGCCCUCUGUGUGCCCUCUGUCUGCCCUCUGUGUGCCCUCUGUGUGCCCUCUGUCUGCCCUCUGUGUGUCCUCUGUGUGCCCUCUGUCUGCCCUCUGUCUGCCCUCUGUCUGCCCUCUGUGUGCCCUCUGUCUGCCCUCUGUCUGCCCCCUGCCUGUCCUCUGUCUUACUUCUGCCCUCGGCCCUCUCUCUGCCCGGGUCCCUGCGCACAUGGCAUGGCAGAGCGAUGCGUUCCAGGACUCGCGGGUGCUGCCAUCCUUCACAGAGCCAUCAGCAUGCGCCAACGCACCUGCCGUCGGCCUCCUCGCCAGGCUCGCUGCUGGCACCCUGCCCCCCGCUCCCCCUCCACCUCCCUUCCCCCCUGCACCUCCCUCCCCCCCUCCACGCCCACCCGCCUCCCCGCCUCCGCUCUGUUCCGUGUCCUCCUUCUUCUGCCCGUCGCCGCCUCCUCCUCCCACGUCCCCAGCGGGCCCCACUGUGGACCCAGCAGCGCUAGUGACGGUGGCGUGUGAGGUGACGGGCGGGUGGCAGCAGUACGGCGAGCAGCAGAGCCGGUGGUCGUGCGUGGUGGCCAACACGGGCAGCGCCUUCCCCGUGCGCGAUUUCCGCCUGCGCUGCCAUGACUUUGAGCCGUCACAGGCGUGGAACAUGGACGCGCUCUCCUGCCAGCUGCCCUGGUGGGCCACGCACCUCGCCCCCAACGACUCCAUCUCCUUUGGCUUCGUGCAGUCCGCUGCUGUUGUGCCCUCCUUCACUGUCGAAUCUCUUGUCUCACUCGCCCCGCCUCCCCCACCCUUUCCUCCUCCCUCCCCUCCCCUCCCUCCCAACCCGCCCCCCAGACCCCCUCCCAGUCCUCCCCCCAGACCUCCUCCCAAUCCGCCCCCUAAACCCCCUCCCAGUCCUCCCCCCAAACCUCCCCCCAAUUCUCCCCCCAGGCCUCCUCCUAAUCCUCCCCCUCGACCUCCCCCUAAUCCACCUCCCUCACCCCCGCCCCGUCCCCCAUCCCCACCACCUGUGCCCCCGCCUAGCCCCCCAUCACCUUCCCGUCAACCCCCCUCUCCUCCCCCUCAGCCCCCACCCUCUCCGCCUCAGCCCUCUUCCCCUCCCCCUAAAUCGCCAGCCCCUCCCCCUAAGCCCCCAUCCCCUCCCCCCAGCCCCCCAUCCCCUCCCCCUAAGCCCCCAUCCCCUCCCCCUAGGCCUCCAUCUCCUCCUCCUCGCCCCCCCAGCCCUCCCCCCAAGCUGUCCCCUCCUCCAAAGCCCCCGCCGUCACACCCGAAGCCCCCUUCCCCACCCCCGCAGCCACCGCCCCCACGAGCAGCAAAGCCACCGCCCUCCCCUCCUCCUCGGCCCCCACCCAGUCCGCCUAAGCCUCCCCCAAGGCCUCCUCGCCCCCCUCCUAAACCCCCUCGCCCCCCUCCUAAACCCCCUCGCCCCCCACCUUCCCCACCCCCACCACCCCCAAAGCUGUCAAGCGCGCAAGGGGGAGGCAGCCCCAAAGCACCAAAAUCCGGUGGGGAGAAGGUGAAGCCACCUCCGAAAAAAGGCAAGAGGAAGAGCCCCCCACCCCCGCACAGCACUGGCAGCAAGCACCCGCCCCCGCCAAAAAGCAGCAAGCCUAAGGAGAGCCCUCCCCCAGGUGGUUCCAAGAAGGAUGGAGCAAAGAGGAGGCGCCCGCCCCCUCCCCCUCCUCUCAAGAGUACUAGAAUGAAGCGGAAGCUUCCACCUCCACCACCAUCUACUGUGAAAAAGUCCGCUCGAUAA